UGCACUUUACACUAUACUCGUAUGUGCCAACUGAUAGUUAUAAUUCAAAAAUAUUAAUAUUAAUAGGGCAUUUUAAAAUAAAAACUGAAAUAAAAAUUAGGUUUGGAUAAGUGAACACAUAUACAAAGGUUCAAUAUUAUACUAUAGCCAAGGUUUAUCUUUAUGAUUUAGUCGGGAAUUUAUGAUAACUCCCUAUAUUAAUUGAUUUCACCUUACACUCUUUGUUUUUUGUAAUACUUCGAUUAUAUAAUAUUUAAAUACUAAAUUAUUAUGUUAUUAGUGCUAAUAUACCUAUAUCGCCUUUAUGAAAUAUUAUUCAUCGAUAAUUUAUAUAUAUUUGUAUCCCCUUCCCCCAUUUAACAGUAGUUGAUAAUUCAUUUGCAUUGUAUAUUAUGUUUUACAGAUCAGUCCGCAUAAUUAGUAUAAAGUUCUAAAGGUAAAUAUUAAAAAUAAGUUAUUUGUGUUAUAACUGUACAAACGUACUUCAUUCAUUUAAAAAUCUUCCCAAGAUUUUAACAUUAUAGGUAUACAUUAGUGAUAUUGUCACUACUCAUCAGGUUAGUAGAUUUGUUUAAAUUUAAAUUUAAAACUAUAUACGAUUCUAAAACAUACUGUUAUUAAUUUAAAUCGAAUUUAUUCUUGUAACAUUAUUAUUUACAAAAAUUAUAUAUAGACAAAAUUCAGAGGUCGACUACACGAUUCAGUGCUUUUAAUACCUAAUGAAAAAUUAUUUAAUUUGAAAAUCAUUUUAAAACAUAAUAAUUGCGUACCAAAAAUGUAUAAAAUUCUGUGAAGAAUAUACAUUACUAAUGUAACAUUAGUAUUAUCAUUUAUUACAUAUAAUGUAAUAAAUACGUAUUACAUACAUAUUAUACCACAUUUGCUACAAGUUCUAUUAAUUGCAUAGUCUUUGUCAAAUUAUUUGGAAUUCGGAAAGAUAAUUUUAUAUUACUAUCUGAUUUCAAUUUUUAAUCGAUUAAAGAGUUACAUGUUUUAUACAAAAAAAAAAAAAAAAAAAAUUAAAAAACUGACUUAUAAUAAACUUCUUGUCCAAUUUUCAAAUAUUUCUGUUUAAUCUAACAAUUUUAUCCACAGGUAUCCAGUAGGCCGGAAUAUAGGCUAGACUAAUUACAUAAAAAAAGCUCGUUAAAUUAAAAUAGUCUAUAAAUAGCUCAAAAAUGAUUUAAAUUUUGCUACGUCAAGAAAAAGCAAAUAUAAGUUUUCUGUCAAAAUUUCAAGUCUCUACGAAUAUUUUUAAUUGAAUUACAUUAAAAAAACAAAAUUUAAAAUAAUAAAAAGAAUAGUUAUGUUCGUAUAUUUUCUCUUAGUUCCUAUGUAUUUUUCGGGUUUUUUCAAUUAUUAAAAAAACCACAAAAAAUCAAAAACCUACUUAUUUGGUCAUCGACUAGAUUAAAAAUACAACAAAAAAGAUAUCUUAUUGUUUUUCUAUUGGAAAAUUUCUAUUUAUUAGAAAAAACAAGCCGUACAAAUUUAAAAUAAUGAAAUCGUUGCACCGUAAUUUGAAAAAAAUCGUAUUUUUCGUCUUUUUUGUUUUUUCUUAAUUAUUAUGAAAACUACUUUAGACAUCAAAUAAUGACUCUCUGUUAGCGGUUAUAUAUUAAAAGGAACAACAUUAAUCUAUUGUCAUUUUUUUCGUUUGGAGUAAUAUAUUAUGCGGAAAACAUAAGUUGUAAAAAUUUAAAACAAUUUAAACGAUAAUGCCGCGGUGCGCCGUAAAUAUUUCCGAUUUUACCAAUACUUUUCUUUUUUGUUUUUCCCAAUUAUUUUGAAAACUCUUUAGAUAAUCAAAAAAUGAACAACAGAUCAUUUGCUGUAUUAUCCGAAUCCAUAAUACACAUCAUACAUGAUCCGAGUUUAAAAUACUUAUAUGUACAAUUUUAGAUAUUUGGACAAUUCACCCAGAACAUGUUGACCUACGCGAACUUUCACUUGACGUACAUACUACCCGUCAUCUGCGUGCUGGCGUUAAUUGUUCAUCCGUUCAUUAACCGAUCGGAGAUAUUUAAAAUAGGGUUUAUCAGCGGCAUUGCAGUGUUGUAUACGACACCAUGGGACAACUACAUUAUCAUGCGCGGUGCCUGGACAUUUCCGGCCGACCAGUUGAUAGCCGUUAUCGGGUACGUGCCCGUUGAAGAGUAUAUUUUCUUCGUCUUACAGACGGUCAUCGUGUCGCUAUGGCACCUUCUGUGCGCCCGAUGGUCGACCCCGUGCUUGCACUUCAACCACGAUAAGCGAAGUUACCAGUUGAUCCGGUGGAUACCGAUCGCGGUGCUGACAGCCGUCAUGGUGACGGGCUACUGGAUCAGCGUACCGGGGACCGGAACUUUUUACCUGGGUUGCAUAAUGUGGUGGAUAGCCCCGGUGUACAUUUUCAUAUGGUACGGAGCCGGCAAUUACAUUGUCACCAAGUUGACAUCGUCGGCGGUAUCCGUGCUGGUGCCCACCGUGUACUUAUGCUGGAUCGAUCAGAUCGCCCUCAAGGCUAACAUCUGGCACAUCAAUGUGGGGACCAGCCUGAACUUGUUCGUUGCCGAGGACCUGCCGUUCGAAGAGGCACUGUUCUUCCUGUUGACUAGCAUUUGCGUAGUUCUGGGCUUGAGCUGCUACGAUAAGGCUCGUGGCAUGUGUGAAACGUACUCGCACGAAUUCCCACACCGGUUCGGCAUUAAUUUGACGUAUCUUAAUCAGAUGUGCCGGGCGUUUAUCAAACCGGAAUAUGCCAUGUCGUCUGUCGUCACAGAUGACAUAAAAACUAGUAUCGAAAUACUGAGGGAAGCAUCGAAAUCGUUUAAUGCCGCCAGUUUUCUAUUUCAAUCAGGUAAGUCACCGACAAAGUACAUUAGAUGUUUGGUUAGAUAUGCAUAAAACGUAAAUAUACAAUAUACAAUAUACAAUAUACAUAUACAAUAUACUUGUAUAUGUAUGUAUUACGAAUAAUGCGAGUUAUAAUAUAAUAAUAAUAUUAUAAUUUUAUAAUAAUUUUUGUUCUGUAUUAUAUUUUGUUUUGUAAUCGUGGUCAAUAUCAGUAAUAUAAUAAUACAGUAAGUAGUAAAUAUCAUAUCAGUAUGAGCCAAUGUUCUGAAUGGUGAAUGCACAUCAUAAAGGUAUUUAAUUAUUUCUCGAGAGAACGUACCUAUAGACUUUGAGCAUUUAAUUAUCAUCACCAAGAACACUUUCAGAUUCAUUAGUUGAUAAACAUAAAUAAAUUGUUAUCUUUACACUAGGAAUAUUUUAUCAUUAAUUUGUUUUUUCUGAUUUAGGAAUUCGGUUGGAUUUAAUAAUUUUAUACGCAUUUUGUCGCGUCACGGACAACAUAAUCGACGACGAGACGGACGUAUUAAGAAAAAAAUGCAAAUUGAAUGUGAUAGAAAAAUUUGUUAACGAACUCUUUGCCGAUAGAAAAUCCGACUACGAUGUGAAAACAGUACCGUAUACCGCAAAAGUCGAUUGGGCGUAUUAUCAGUCCGAAUUGACCGGCGAGGAAAUGGCGAGUUUCCGAGCGGUGUCCAGAAUAGCGUUUUAUUUGCCCCGUAAACCGUUUUAUGAGCUGAUCGCGGGCUACCAGUGGGACAUCGAGGGCAGGUUGGUGCGAAACGAGGAAGACCUGCUAUUGUAUUCCAGUUACGUUGCCGGAAGUGUCGGUACGUUAUGCGUUUAUGUGAUGCUGUACAGAUGCGACAAUGACGUUUAUGACGUUUUCGGCGAGGACGAUUACGUCAUCGAGAAAGCACGGCAAAUGGGACGAGUGAGUAAAGACUUUUGUACUUUCGUUAAGUCGUUAUAUCGUUGGCGUGCACUGCCAUAAUAAUAUCGUUGGGUCUGUUUUCAAGGUCCUACAACUCGUGAACAUUGCCCGUGACAUCAUCACCGACAGCGAAACGCUGGGCCGGUGCUACGUGCCCACCGAAUACAUGGAUGACGAAGAACAGGAAAUACACAUCCUGUGUAACGAAAAGAAGCCGAGAUCUCUGGGCAAUAAGAAGCUAAAAAAAUAUUCUACCCGGAUGAUACAUCUGGCCAACAAACUGCAAUCGGAUUCGGUGGGCGCCAUUAGGUGUUUGCCACGAGAGACCAGGGGCUCGGUUUUAGCGGCCACUGAGAUUUACCGGGGCCUUACUUCAGCCAUACAAUCUAGUCAGACUUACCCGACCAGGGCUUCUAUCACGAAACUGGAAAGAAUUUUUAUAGGAAUCUAUUCCCUGUACGUAAAAAGCAUUCAAUAUGUCGUAUAGGACCAUGUAUAUCGUAUACCUAAUUACAUGUAUAAUGGAUUCAAAAGCAUCCCAGUUCAACCAUAACUCGUAUUUAAUUAUUUAAUUCUUUAUAUUGUAAUUUAAACGAACUUUAUUUAAAUAGGUACAAAAUUUCACUUUGUGAACGUACUAAGUUCCAAGUUCUAAAAGUAUUUUUUUUAAAAUCAUCUAUCAACAUGUACAAUUUUGAAAGAAUUUGUCAACCUAAUAUUUUAUAUAUAUGUGUACAAAUCUAAAUAAAUUUAGUAUCUCGAUUUGUAAAUAGUUGAUAGGAC